CGGAUGUUGCGUACAUGUUGAGCGCCUCGGAUAUAAACGUUUGUUUGUUUUCCAAGCGUGUGCAUCGUGACACCAGUUAAUAUUUAAUAAUAUUAACUUCUGUUUCAGACAACCCAAGUUUAGAUGAGGUAGACUUUGUACUCAAGUCUACAGGAGGCGGAAUGGCCGCAAUGCGCGCAGCUAAACAAGCGCUUAGGAAAGAAAUAAAACGUCGGGUUGCACUCUUAAGUGAAGAGGAGAAGCACCGACAGUCUUUAAUUGUUUGCCAAAAGCUCAUCAGACACCCAAAAUAUCUGGCUUGUAAAAGUAUUGCAGUGUUUCUCAGCAUGGAUGAUGAAGUGCACACUGAGGAAAUCAUCAAAGAUAUGUUUAAAGUGGGUAAAAGCUGCUUCAUCCCCAGAUAUGAUCAAUGUAGCAACCACAUGGACAUGCUGAAGCUCAACAGUAUGCAGGACAUGGCCACAUUAUCCAAGACAUCUUGGAAUAUCCUACAGCCUUCUGAAGAUGACAAGGGCAGAGAAGAAGCAUUGUCUGCAGGAGGUCUGGAUCUCAUCUUGAUGCCAGGUCUUGGGUUUGACCUGUCUGGAAAACGUCUGGGCAGGGGCAAGGGUUUCUAUGACACCUAUCUAGCGCGCUGCUUCCAGCACCCCAAAGGAAAGCCCUACACCAUUGCUUUGGCCUAUAAAGAGCAACUGUGUCAGGACAUCCCUGUUGACAACAAUGAUGUGCUCAUUGAUGAAGUCCUCUAUGAAGAUGGAAAUUAGACAUUUUACUUUUUUGUGCUGCUUAGCAUUGCAUCAGCAUAAUUUAAGAUGAAGUGUGGAUGUUUGCAUUGAAACAGCUGGUGGCUGUGCCUGUCAGUCAGCAGGUCAUGUGUGCUGAUGAUCAAAUCUUCAAAGUGUCCUUGAGUUUAUGUUGCCGAGACAGAAGCCAUUCACACUGCCAAAACUCUCAACUGGUAAAACAAGUGUAACUCAUGCACGGAUGUGCAGGCAGGUGAUGAAGAGUAAUAAGUAAAUAAUUUAAUAAAAUUAUUUUGAUCGAGUU